CAUCCUUUUUCUCUUCUUCCCAAAUAGCACCCAAAAUCCAAAAAGGAAAAAAAAAAGAAAAAAAAAUCCUCCAAAAAUGGCGACUUCAGCUACUACACUCAGUUCACUUUCCUUCUUCUCUUCUUCCCUUUUCCUCUCCUCUCCUUCCGCUAAACUCUCAACUUCCCUUUCCUUCUCUUUCAAACCUUCUUCAAAUCCGUCUCUUUCCAUUUCUUCCCAACUUUCCACUCUCCCCAUUUUGUCCUUCACCGGCGAAAAAAUCGGCGAAACUUAUCUCGACCUCAAAUCAGCCCCUCCCGAAACCGCUAGAGCCGUCGUUCACCGAGCAAUCAUCACUGACUUGCAAAACAAGCGUCGUGGCACAGCUUCUACACUCACUCGUGGUGAAGUCCGUGGUGGAGGAAAAAAGCCUUACCCUCAAAAGAAAACCGGACGUGCUCGCCGUGGGUCUACGCGCACCCCGCUCCGUCCCGGUGGUGGUGUUAUCUUCGGACCCAAACCCAGAGACUGGUCGGUUAAGAUCAAUAAAAAAGAGAAAAGGUUGGCGAUUUCGACGGCGUUAUCCAGUGCGGCUGAGAACACGAUAGUUGUUGAAGAUUUUGGGGAUAAAUUUGAGAAACCGAAGACUAAAGAGUUUAUUGAGGCUUUGAAGAGAUGGGGAUUAGACCCAAAGCAGAAAUCUAUGUUUUUGAUGAUGGAAGUGCCGGAAACUGUGAAUAAAUCGAGUCGGAAUAUUGGAACUUUGAGGAUGUUAACGCCGAGGACCCUUAAUUUGUUUGAUAUUUUGAAUUGUGAUAAUUUGGUGUUGACUCCGGAUACUGUGGAUUAUCUCAAUGGAAGAUAUGGUGAAGAUUAUGAAGGUGAUACUGAGGAUGAUAAUGAAGAAUAUGAAGAAGAAGAAGAACAAAGCGGUGAAGAUGAGAAUGGUGAUGCAGCUCAAUGACCUGCUUCCCCCCUCCCCCCCCCUCAAUUAGCAUAUAAGCCAUUACAUAUAUGCUGAAGAAAUUCAAGGCUUUGCCUAAAUCAAACAUUGUUGUAGGCUAGUUUUGGUGAUUUAUUGAGGUUAAUUAGCUCUGUAUCUUUGCAGAUUUUUACAAAGUUGUAUCAAUUUAGUUCAUUAAUGAUCUAAUAACACUCUUCCAAUCCAA